AUGAAAACACCAUUAAUCCUUACUCUACUAUCAAUAACACUCCCCUCCGCAACAGCGACAACCCUCCAAUCCCCCCUCGACUCCCCCAACAACAACAACAACAACAACAACAACAACAACAACAACAACAACAACAACAUGAAAUCAGGAAACCCCAUAAUCCAAGGCUGGUACGCCGACCCCGAAGCCCGCAUCUUCGACACCAACUACUGGAUCUACCCAACCUACUCCGCCGCCUACGAAACCCAAACCUUCUUCGACGCCUUUUCCUCCCCGGACCUCCUCACCUGGACCAAACACCCCCGCAUUCUGGACUUCGGGGGGAUCCCCUGGUCCACGAAUCGGGCUGCUUGGGCGCCGAGUGUGAUUCGUCGGCCUGCUUCGCCGACAACCAGUGGCCGUAGCAGUAGUGCUGCAGGGGAAGGGGAGAAUGGGCAUGAGUAUGAUUACUUUAUGUACUUCUCCGCCGGCGACGGGGCAGGGAUAGGCGUUGCGAAAUCGACGACUGGACGGCCUGAGGGUCCCUAUGCGGAUGCUCUUGGAAAACCGCUUAUCCCGACCACGGUGUUUGGGGCGGAGCCAAUCGACGCGCAGGUGUUUAUUGAUGAUGAUGAACGGGUGUGGUUGUAUUUUGGGGGGUGGAGCCAUGCCGUCGUGGUGGAGUUGGAGAGUGAUAUGGUGAGUUUGAAAGGGGAGUAUCUGGAAAUAACACCCAAAGGGUAUGUUGAGGGGCCGUGGAUGAUGAAGAAGGAAGGGGUGUAUUAUUUCAUGUUUAGCGUGGGGGGAUGGGGAGAUGACUCCUACGGCGUGAGUUAUGUUACUGGGGCGUCGCCUACGGGUCCGUUCUCGACGGAGCCUGUCAAGAUUCUCUCCGGGAAUGCGACGGUUGGCACCGGGACGGGCCAUAAUAGUGUGAUCACACCAGAUGGAAAGGACUACUAUAUCGUCUACCAUCGGCGGCCGGUGAAUGACACCGAGCGCGACCACCGCGUGGUCUGUAUCGACCGGAUGGAGUUUGAUGCAGACGGGAAUAUCCUGCCGGUGGUGAUUACGACUGAGGGCGUAGAUGCAAGGGCAUUGGAUCAGCCAAAGACUGUUUAG